AUGCCUCGAAUUAUGCGUCAAGGACUCGACAAAGUCAAAGAACUGCUUCGCUCAGUAAAGGGCAUACUCAAGGAGGAGCCGGAUACAGGCCAGAAACUGGAUGAGGCACGUCGGAAACUGGAUAAGGCCUUGGAAGUAAUGGACAGACUGCCAACUUUGGCAGCCAGCAGCUUAAGGGAACCAGAUGUCACGGAUAUAUUCGGUCUAUCAUAUGAUAAAAGAUCACCUGAAAUAUGGAAGAUCGACGAACGUGAUCUUAUUCCAGUACCAGAAGCUCUCUUGUCCCGUAUUGAAGAGAUGGAAAAGGUCCGAGGAAUACAUCCUAUAAACGAGGCGACGGUUCGAUGGCGAUUAGAUAUCAUUCUCCAGUAUUGUGUUAGGCUCGAGCAGCAACGUGUCGCUGAUAUAGAUCCGACCACAUCAGAGAGGCCUAUUACUCUCACCGCCGAAACGCAACUGGAAUGCAGGAUAAUGUAUAAGAAGCAACCUGUCCUCCUGUCUGGAAAGGCAGACUAUAGUAUCUGGUAUGAAGACCACGGAAUGUCAACAAAUUUAGUGAUAUGUGAAGCUAAAGACCUUGGGCAUGCAUCCAUUGGUAUCCCUCAAUGCCUAGCGUAUAUGGGUAUGGUAAAUGACAUUCGUCGACGGGAAGACAGAAUAAACUCUAUGGUCUAUGGAUGUGUUACGGAUGGACAAGGGUUUACCUUUCUACGCAUCGACAAUGACCAUAAGUACUCUGUAUGGAACAGCCAACGGUGGGAUAACGGCUUUCCAGAGAGAGACAAAAUAUGGACUCACUUGGUCCGUAUGACGAGAUGUGCUAGUGCGUUAUCGCCAAGGACGUCGGUGAAGAAAGUACAUCGAGCAGUGGAUGAUACGACAAGGGGGCAGAAGCACUGGAGGCUCCAUUUCGGUAGCAGUGAGCGGUCAGAUGAAAUGAUGAGUAUGUAG